AUGGCCUCUUCAAGCAGUAGACUCAAGUCGGCCACAGUAGCAGCUGCCACUGCCGCAGGAAUAGUCAGCACGAAUACUACCAGAACACCGACAAAGAAGGAAUUCAACAUCAAUUUCACCGGCGAUGUCAUGCUAGGCCGUCUAAUCGAUCAGCUCUUCCCAGUGCACGUACAUAACCCGGAUGACCAGUCCCACGCCCAGUCCUUCAUCGCACGACAUGCACAGCAAUUACAGAACUACUCGCCCGCGAGCCCCUGGGGCUCAACUCUGCCACUCUUCACGGAUGAUUCAGACCUGAAUAUAAUCAACCUUGAGACCUCCGUCACCACGAAUCGCGACCCCUGGCCCGGCAAGGCCUUUAACUACCGCAUGCACCCCGCCAACGCACCCGCCAUUCUCGGUGCUGCGAAAAUCGAUUUUGCAAGUUUGGCAAAUAACCAUACCCUUGAUUUCGGACCAGAGGGACUCAUUGAGACAGCCUGGACGUUGAAGAAUGGCGAUGGAGAUGGCGCGAGGAUUGGAAUUGGCGGCGCUGGAGAAAACACGCUAGAGGCUAUAUCGCCAGCGAUUCUGGAGUUGCCGCGGAGCAUCAGCCAGAGGGGCGUAAAACAGGGUGGUAGGCCCGUGGCACUGUCCGCAGAGAAUAUGAAGGAACGAGCUGGGAAGCAUCUCGUGCAUGUCUAUGCUGCGUCGGAUCAUCCCAGGGUGUGGAGUGCGGUGCCAACGUUCCAUUUGAUUGAUUAUUCGGAGAAGUCAAAGGCCCAUCUAAAACGCGUGAUUGAGAAGUAUUCAUUCCCAUCGCCAAUCACGGCGGAGCAGAGGUCUUCGGAGUCCUCUGGCUCAUCGCCAAAGCCGUCGGAUGUGUCUAACGAGCCACAGCAACAGCCAUCUCUGAAGAUAUUCUCAAUCCACUGGGGCCCAAACUACUCGUGGCAUCCGGCAGAGGAGAUUAGGUCAAUGGCGCAUUUUCUGAUUUUUGACUGCGGGAUAGACAUUGUCCAUGGCCAUUCGUCGCAUCAUAUCCAAGGGGUUGAAUGCCCCGCGCCGGGGAAGUUGAUUAUUUAUGGCUGUGGUGAUUUUGUCGAUGACUAUGCGGUUCAUGAUGAUUAUCGGAAUGAUCUUGGUGCUGUUUAUCGGGUUGUUGUCCGUGAGGAGGAUAGAGAGGAAAGUGGGAAUGCUAGGCGAAGGGUAAUGCCUGUGCGAUUGGAGAUUUUCCCAACGAGGAUUCAUUUAUUUCAGGCGCAGCUGCUAGAUAGUGAGAAAGAUGCGGAUCAUAAAUGGGUCGUUGGACGCAUUAAAGAAUUGACUGACGCUCUGAUGGGAACUGGGUACGGUCGGAGCAUAUACAAGAAGAGCAUUGUUAGACCAGAGCUAGGGCCGAGAGGGCAGAUAAUGGUCGAUUUGAAAUCUGAAGUUAUUCAAGUAAGCUCAGAACCUGUCAAUCGACGACUAAAGGCGGAAGAGGAGUCUGAUAGUGAAGUCUCAGACGAGGAAGACUCAUCAGAUGGGAACCUUCCUUUCCCACAUGAAAAAAGAUUCCCAGAUUUGAUGAUUUUUUCCCUGGUCGGUCCUCAACAUGGCCGAAUCUAUUAUGCUUGCGUUGCGGAUAACUUGGACGUGGUAAUCCGACAAUCGCCGCUAUACAGCUUUGAGAAGCGGAACGAAAAUCUUCUGUCUCUAGUUUCAAGCUUCCUUUUGAGCCAGCCCCUACGUGAAGACAUUUUGCUAAGACGGUUGACGAUUGAGACUGGUCAAAUCCUGUAA